AUGACAACCAACCCAUUUUACUGGAUUAAGACCGAGGACUGGCACACAGCCGGCGAGCCAUUCCGCAUCAUCCCCGAAGUUCCAUCGGGGUACAUGCCUACAGGUAGAACCGUCUCUGACCGGCGCAACCAGAUCAUCCAGACCGAGAACCACCCGUUGGAUAGGCUCCGCAAAUUUCUGAGUCAUGAACCCCGAGGGCAUGCUGACAUGUACGGGGGAUUUAUCACCCCGCCAGACGAUUUGGGUGCGCACUUCGGUGUAUUGUUCUGGCAUACGAGCGGAUUCUCGACGGCAUGCGGUCAUGGUACCAUUGCCCUAGGGUCCUGGGCUGUGUCGACAGGUCUUGUCGAGGCCCCAGAGAAUGGAAUUGUGGAGGUGGUGAUUGAUGUUCCGUCUGGUCGUGUGGCAGCGCAUGUUACUAUGAAAGAUGGAGAGCCAGCACAGGCUUACUUUAUGAAUAUCGCCAGCUUUCCGAUAGAGAAGGGGCUAUCUGUGAAGAUCCCUUCUCGUAAUGAGGAGAUCCGUGUUGACUUGGCUUUUGCCGGUGCUGUUAUGGCUUCAGUGAGUGCUGUUGAAUUGGGACUUGAGAUUAAGCCGGGCAAUGCGGAUGCAUUCAUCAAACUUCAGCGAGAGAUAAAAGCAGCACUUGGUGAUAGGGCAACUUAUCUCGAUUAUGAGUUGUACGCAGUCAUCUUUUUCGAGGACGAAAGGAACCAUCCAGAUUACCGGAAGACAAUCGUCCAGAGGAAUGUUACUGUCUAUGGUGAUGGUCAGAUUGAUCGGUCCCCUUGUGGCUCUGGCACUUGUGCGAGAAUUGCUAUUCUAUCUUCGGAUGGUCGGCUUCGAAAGAACCAGAAACUUUUACAUCACUCCAUUAUCGGGUCGGCUUUUGAAGCUGAGAUAGAGUCCUGGGGUGGUUCCCAUGAGGGCUUUGAUUCCUGUAAUGUGCUUGUGAAGGGCCAGGCACAUCUGAUUGCGCAGUCGCGGUUUUUGAUUGACGAGGAAGAUCCUCUUUCUCCGGGAUUUAUCUUGCGUUAGUUGAUGAAUAUUUGUU